CAUCACCGGAAGUAGAGGAAGAACCUCCUGAGCUGGGAGCUGGUGUCCAUUUUAUUUAAACCCGGUAGCUUGCUACGUUGUUUUGAUCGCUCGCAUUUUUCCUACUGCCUAAAAAAAAAAGUACAAAACUGGGUCUUUAGAAAUGAGCAGUUCAGAGGAAGUGUCAUGGAUCUCCUGGUUCUGUGGACUAAGGGGGAAUGAAUUUUUCUGCGAGGUGGACGAAGAUUAUAUCCAGGACAAGUUCAACUUGACGGGCCUCAAUGAGCAAGUUCCCCACUAUCGCCAGGCUCUAGACAUGAUUCUAGACCUUGAACCAGAUGAGGAGCUGGAGGACAAUCCCAACCAGAGUGACCUGAUCGAGCAGGCGGCUGAGAUGCUGUACGGCCUCAUCCACGCACGCUACAUCCUCACUAACCGAGGCAUUGCGCAGAUGUUGGAGAAGUAUCAGCAAGGUGACUUUGGCUACUGUCCUCGUGUCUAUUGUGAGAAUCAGACGAUGCUUCCCAUUGGCCUGUCAGACAUCCCGGGAGAAGCCAUGGUGAAGCUGUACUGCCCUAAAUGCAUGGAUGUCUACACACCCAAAUCCUCCAGGCACCACCACACGGACGGAGCCUACUUUGGUACCGGCUUCCCCCACAUGCUGUUCAUGGUACACCCCGAGAACAGGCCCAAGAGACCUGCCAAUCAGUUUGUCCCAAGGCUGUACGGGUUCAAGAUCCACCCGAUGGCCUACCAGCUGCAGCUCCAAGCGGCCUCCAGCUUCAAGAGCCCCGUCAAAGCCAUCCGCUAGCAGACCGCGAGCGAGACGAAUCGGCGUCGAAUAUUGACAAAAGAGGGCGAAGGGUCACCUGUGUUUGACAAAAGCCGCACAAGUGACCCCUCCCCACUCUGAAGACUGUAUUAUUUGGGGGGGGGGGUUAGAUUAGAGCAAAUGAAAUCAACA